UGAAAGGAGCGGGGGGCCGGCUUUCCUUCUUUCUCUUGGCCGAGGCGUGCGAUUCGCGAAGUCGGGAAUAAAGAGAUAUCGUUUUUUUGUUUUGUUUUGCAGCCUAUGGCUGCUUCAGGCUCACCUUCGGGGCCAAGAGAAAAACCGCGGCGGUGAUGAUCCCAACCCCGCGGCACCAGCACGUGGGUCCAGAGGGUCCCUUCAGCGCGGUUUAUGAGCCCGCCGAAGACACUUACUUGCUGCUCGACGCCCUCGAGCAGGAUGCCGAAGCUCUGAGAAGCGCCGGACAUGAUAUAUGCCUUGAAGUAGGAUCUGGAUCUGGAGUAGUUUCAACUUUUUUAGCUUCAAUUGUUGUCCAAGCAUUUUACAUGUGUACUGAUAUCAACCCUGUGGCUGGUCUAUGCACAGUAGAAACAGCUAGAGAAAAUAGUGUUCACAUUCAGCCAGUAAUUACUGACCUGGUAACAGGAUUGUCGCCACGAUUACAUGGAAAAGUUGAUUUGCUGUUAUUUAACCCACCUUAUGUGGUAACCCCUUCUGCUGAGAUACAAACUCAUGGACUAGAGGCAGCCUGGGCUGGAGGUAAAAAUGGCAGAGAGGUUAUGGAUAGACUCUUUCCACUUGUGUCAGACUUACUAUCGGCAAGAGGAUUGUUUUAUUUAGUUACAAUUAAAGAAAAUAAUCCAGAUGAAAUUAUUAAAAUAUUGCAGGAAUGUGGUUUAAAUGGCAGUAAAGUAAUUUCCAGACAAGCAGGGAGGGAAUAUCUCUCAGUUCUGAAAUUCUACAAAUCCUGAAGCUGGCUUCUGGAGGAAUCUUCAUAUAGUAAACUCUUUGCUUUAAAAUGCUAUCUUGGAUUAAUGUGUUACAUUUAAUUAAGGUUAGAUCCUAGAUGUUGUCAACAAGUACACAUUAACAUAUCUUAAUUCAAAAAUAUGCAUAUUAUUUCCAUAUGUGUAAAAUCAAAAUUUUGACAAUAAACAUUUUACUUGGAAUACUGCAAUAAAAUACUGCAUAAACUGUUACAUUCCUAUCAUAUAGAUAUCUAGUAGAGAAAUUGUGGCUGUUGUCCUAAGUUGGUUCUUUUUAUCAUCUGAGAUUCUGAAUGAUGAACUUCAUGGAAUAGCUAUUUCAAGUUUGAAAUCGCUUUUUCAAAGUUACGAGAAAUGUUUCAAGUUUAGAAUACUUAUUGGUAUUUCAUGUUGGCUUUAUAAAAAUAAGAAUAAGCACGUGAAAGUUUAAGUAAAAACAAUAAAGCAAUAGCAAUAGCA